AUUUCUUCAGUGAGAAGCAGCUGUUUCUAAUCCUGGAGUUUGAAUUUGGAGGCAGUGACCUGGAGAACAGUAAUGGACAGGUGAGGAGGGAGGAGUUUGGAGACAGUAACCUGGAGAACAGUAAUGGACAGGUGAGGAGGGAGGAGUUUGGAGACCUGGAGAACAGUAAUGGACAGGUGAGGAGGGAGGAGUUUGGAGACCUGGAGAACAGUAAUGGACAGGUGAGGAGGGAGGAGUUUGGAGACCUGGAGAACAGUAAUGGACAGGUGAGGAGGGAGGAGUUUAGAGACCUGGAGAACAGUAAUGGACAGGUGAGGAGGGAGGAGUUUAGAGACCUGGAGAACAGUAAUGGACAGGUGAGGAGGGAGGAGUUUAGAGACCUGGAGAACAGUAAUGGACAGGUGAGGAGGGAGGAGUUUGGAGACCUGGAGAACAGUAAUAGACAGGUGAGGAGGGAGGAGUUUAGAGACCUGGAGAACAGUAAUGGACAGGUGAGGAGGGAGGAGUUUAGAGACCUGGAGAACAGUAAUGGACAGGUGAGGAGGGAGGAGUUUAGAGACCUGGAGAACAGUAAUGGACAGGUGAGGAGGGAGGAGUUUAGAGACCUGGAGAACAGUAAUGGACAGGUGAGGAGGGAGGAGUUUGGAGACAGUAACCUGGAGAACAGUAAUGGACAGGUGAGGAGGGAGGAGUUUGGAGACCUGGAGAACAGUAAUGGACAGGUGAGGAGGAAGGAGUUUAGAGACCUGGAGAACAGUAAUGGACAGGUGAGGAGGGAGGAGUUUAGAGACCUGGAGAACAGUAAUGGACAGGUGAAGAGGGAGGAGUUUAGAGACCUGGAGAACAGUAAUGGACAGCUGGCGUCGGUGAUGGUAGCUAAGAGUAUCCUCCAUCAGGUGACUGCUGCUCUGGCUGUGGCUGAACAGGAGCUCUGCUUUGAACACAGAGACCUCCACUGGGGUAAUGUGUUGGUCCAGUCCACUAAGGAGAUGGAAGGGAGCUUCCUCCUCAAUGGGACGAUCCAUUCCUUAGAGACCAGGGGGGUGAGCGUACGCAUCAUCGACUACUCCCUCUCCAGGCUCGAGAUCGAUGGUCUCACCGUGUCCUGUGACAUCUCAGAGGAUGAGGAGCUGUUCCAGGGACAUGGAGACUACCAGUUUGACAUCUACAGACUCAUGAGACAGGAGAACGGUAACAUGUGGGGUGACUACCAUCCCUACUCCAAUGUGUUGUGGCUCCACUACCUGUGUUCCAAGCUGCUGACGAUGACCUAUAAGGGUCGAGGUUGGCGGGGCGUCAAGCAGGCCAGGGUGGACCUGCAGCGUUUCCACGACGAUGUCCUCACCUUCCGGUCUGCCUCUGACGUACUCAACAACUGUGGCCUGUUCCAAUGAGAGAGACAGAGAGAGAGACAGAGAGAGAGACAGAGAGAGAGACAGAGAGAGAGACAGAGAGAGAGACAGAGAGAGAGACAGAGAGAGAGAGACAGAGAGAGAGAGACAGAGAGAGAGAGACAGAGAGAGAGAGACAGAUAGAGAGAGACAGAGAGAGAGACAGAGAGAGAGACAGAGAGAGAGACAGAGAGAGAG